CAAAUUUUAUAAAACUAAAAAUGUCUGACAAGUUGGGGCAAACUUUGGAUGAACUAAUCAAGAAGGAUAAGGACAACAAGAAAGGCCAAACCAAGGAUGAGGAAGAGAUUAUCGUCUAACCAGAAAGCCCCAUCUGCGAGGGACAAAGCCAAGAAAUUAAGAAAUGACAAAGUCAGAAGAUUUGGAGACGACAGAAGACCAGCAAGGAAUAAUAAAAAGCUUGUGAGAAGUUGACCAAGAGGAAACGAAGAAUCCAAAGGAAAGCACUAAGCUGAAAGUAUUGAACUUGAAUAGAUCUAUUACAAAUGAAGAUCUUAAUGAACUCUUCAACCAUAUUGGUCCUCUUACUGAGUGUAGGAGAGAAUAUGACGAGUUCGGCAGACCUCUUGGAUCAGCAAGUGUCGCCUUUGAGAAAGUAAAAGAUGCUAAGAAAGCCUUUGAUGAGUAUAACGGUGGCGAGCUUGAUGGAAACGUCAUGGUCAUCCAAUUCGUCCCGGACAGUAAACACAAAAAGCAAGCUCCAGUAAACAAGCUCAAAGUUGUAGAGAAGGGUGGAAAAAGAGUCAUCGAAAGGAUAUAAACUCAGACAGGAAUUUUUAAGUUAUAGCAGCCUAUAAUCUGUACAUUGCAAUCUUCU